AAUUAAUUCGAAAUCGAAUCAUAGUAAUUAAAAUCCACUAUUUGAAGAUUUGACUAUAGCCGCGUGCGUUAUUUUCACGCCCCCCACCCUCCCUAUAAAACCUCUUUUAUUUUUUCAUUCAUUUAUUUAUUUGUCUGUGUAGUUGCGUUUCAAAAAAAAAACUUGUCUCUCCAUUUUGAAUCUGGAUCCAGCGCCUUCUAUUCAGCAUUCACCACCCAAAGCCAAACCCUAUUUCUCUUUCUUCCCUGUUUGGUUCUAGCCAGCACAAUGAGGAGAGGAGCUAAGAGAAAGACCAAGCAGGACCAAGAAGCCAAACACGACGCACCCGAAGAUAACAUGCCCAAAGCUCAGCCUCGAGCUAAACGAGCCAAGACCUCCAAGCCUCAAUCCGAACCUGAGUACUUCGAAGACAAGCGCAACUUGGAAGAUUUGUGGAAGGAAACAUUCCCCGUUGGAACUGAGUGGGAUCAAUUGGAUUCUGUCUAUCAAUACAAGUGGGAUUUCUCAAAUCUAGAAAAUGCGUUUGAAGAGAAUGGCGUGUUGUAUGGGAAAAAGGUUUACCUCUUUGGUUGCACUGAGCCUCAAUUAGUCAUGUUUAAAGGGGAAAGCAAAGUUGUCUGCAUACCUGUUGUAGUAGCUGUUGUAUCACCUUUCCCACCAUCUGAUAAAAUUGGGAUAAACUCAGUUCAAAGAGAGGCUGAAGAGAUAAUUCCGAUGAAGCAAAUGAAAAUGGACUGGGUUCCAUACAUUCCCUUGGAGGACAGAGAUAGCCAAGUUGAUAGACUGAAAUCCCAGAUAUUUAUCUUGAGUUGUACCCAAAGAAGGUCUGCUUUAAAACAUCUGAAGUUGGAUAGAUUAAAGAAAUAUGAGUACUGCUUGCCUUAUUUCUAUCAGCCAUUUAAGGAAGAUGAACUUGAACAGAGUACUGAAGUUCAAAUAAUAUAUCCAGCUGAGCCAAAGCCGGUCUUCUGUGAAUUUGAUUGGGAAUUAGAUGAACUUGAGGAGUUUACUGAUAAGCUCAUAGAGGAGGAGGAGUUAUCAGAAGAUCAAAAGGAUGCAUUUAAGGAAUUUGUCAAGGAAAAGGUUCGUGAAGCAAAGAAAGCUAAUAGAGAGGCAAGGGAAGCUCGAAAAAAAGCCAUUGAAGAAAUGAGUGAGGAAACUAAAGCUGCGUUUGAGAGUAUGAGAUUUUAUAAGUUCUACCCUGUUCAAUCUCCAGAGGCACCUGAUGUAUCGAAUGUUAAGUCUCCAUUCAUUAACAGGUAUUAUGGAAAAGCUCACGAGGUUCUGUGAUUGGCUCCAAGACAAUAAUGACAAUUUUUCUGUGGCUUGUUUUGCCUAACACAAGAGAUGUUUUGUUUAUUAUGAACUCUGUAGUUCAGGAGGCAACCCCCUGGUGCCCCAUCAAAUUGUCUUUGACAGUGUAGUUGUCUAAAGUGACAUAUACCAUGUAAAACUGUAUGUAGGUCAGAGAUCCUAGAGAAGUGAACUAGGUGUUGGGAGGAAUUUAAGAGAUGUUUCUGGCUUCCAUGGUGAAGAGAAUUUCUGAGGUUCUGGAGCUGCAAUUUGGGUGGCUCUUGCAUGUCUUGGUUUUCUCUUAGAUUAUUCUUUUUCCCUUCAAAAUUAGAUGUACGACAGUUUUGACUAAUAGCUAAAUGAAGAAAUCAAUUCAUUAUUGUUUCGUUUAA